AUGCAAGCAGCUUUUUCCAAAUUAAAACUUAAAAGUAAAGCUUCAGAUAUCCCUCAAGCGGAUUCAGCAAGCACUUCAGGCAAACCACCUUCGACUAAACAAAUUUACCAAUCACGACAAAAUUUUGGUGUGAAUUUCGGAGCUUGUUUUGUUUUAGAAAAAUGGAUAUACCAUGAAUUGUUUUCAGAAACCAACGGUGAUGCUGAAUUGGAUGCUGUUCUGUCUUUAUUCAAAAAGCUUGGUGAAGAUGAUACUAGAUCCAGAUUUGAAAACCAUUGGAAAGGCUAUGUUAAUGAUGAUGAUUGGAAAUGGCUUUCUGAGCAUCAUGUUAACUCAAUUCGUUUACCGAUAGGUUAUUGGGAAGUGGACGGUGGUGCUUAUACAUCUGGCACAAAUUUUGACAAGUAUAAAGGUGUUUACAAGAAUGCAUGGAAGAUAAUUAAAGAUGACUUUAUUAAGAAAGCAUUGGAUCAUAAAAUUUCUGUUUUGGUUGAUAUCCAUGGUCUCCCAGGAGGUGCAAACAAUUCCGGUCAUUCAGGUGAGUCUGGUGCUGGAGGAAAGUUUUGGAAAGACGAGAAAAAACAAAUUGCUAUUGCUAAGAUGAUGGGGUGGAUUGCUAAUGACUUGAAAUCAUUUGAUAACAUUGCUGGUAUUCAAGUAGUCAAUGAAGCCGAAUUUUCAGAUCCAGCUAAAAAACAGUCAACUUACUACAGUGCCUGUAUCACCGAAAUAAGAAAGAGCGAUAAGCUGGUCCCCAUCGUGAUUUCAGACGGCUGGUGGGCUGAUCAGUGGGUUAAAUGGGUUCAAGAAAAACAAGGUUCAGACGGAUACAUUGGUGUUGUUUUGGACGAGCAUGUUUAUAGGUGUUUCUCAGACGAUGACAAGAAAAAGAAGCCUCAACAGAUUAUUGAUGAUUUACAAGGAGAUGUUUUAACUAACUUGAAUGACAACGGAAAAGGAGUUGAUUUCAUUGUUGGUGAAUACUCGUGUGUUUUGGAUCAGCAAUCCUGGGAUAAUGAUAAAAAUGCCGAUAGAGACGACUUGGUUAAAAAGUUUGGUCAACGUCAGUCUGAGGAGUUUGCACAAAAGACUUCAGGUUCUUAUUUCUGGACAUUCAAAUUUCAGUCUGGUAAUGGUGGUGAAUGGGAUUUCAAAACAAUGACCGACAAGGGUGCUUUGGUUCCACCGCCAAUUCCAAGUAACCAACCUCUGGAUGAUAAGUUUGAGGAAGCUUUGAAUAAUGCCUAUAACGGUCAUGUUGACUUCUGGAAAAAUGAACAUCCUGAUGGUAAAUUUGAACAUGAUAAUUUCAAAGAAGGGUUUACUAUUGCUUGGAAAGAUGCCGAUGCCUUUGCACAAUUCGAUGGUUCCAGAAUAGGAAGAAAGGAAGCCUGGAAAAGAUCCAGAUUACAAGAGUUUGCAUCAAGCAAGGGGAAACUGGAUUUCCUUUGGGAAUGGGAGCAAGGUUUUGAUCAAGGUUUAGAAGGGUUUUACUCUGCAUCAACAUAA